AUGGCCUACAAUCAGUAUGGGGGUAACCCCUACGGUAUGCCACCGGGCUACGGUGGCUACGGCGCACCACCACCUGGCAGGAAUGCGCCGCCGGGCCUUGGUGCGACUUCAACGCUCGAUGCAACUUGUGAUGAAGUACUGGCUGACUUUGAUGGUGAAGGACCUCCUCCCGGUAUGGCUGCUCCCCCCGGCGUGGGAGCCCCCCCAGGUAUGCAGCAAGCCAACGCUCCCCAAUCUGGGCGUCCUGGCGGCUUACCCGCCAGCUUUCAGGCUCCGGCCAACAUGCCGAAUAUCAACUUCAACGCGCCCGUCAUUCGCCUAGGGACGAGCGCACCGACGACAGACGGUGGUGGCAGGGGUGAUCGGUCGCAAGCCUCGGGCGGCCGGGCCGGCCUUGGUAUGGAACGUGGUCCCGAUCAGGGACGAGGUGCUGCCAGAGAGGCUGCCCAAAUGCUGAUCCCGCCAAGCGCCGAUGAGAAACUCCGAACGAUCAUGCUUCACCAAAUCCCGGACGGCGUUCAAGGCGAUGAGGGGGUGCAGAAGCUAUUGAGUGCUGUUGGAACUCUGCGCAAGUGGGAGUCUGCGGCCAGUGUGUUGGAAGAGCACAGAGGCACAAAGUUUGGUUUCGCGCUUUUCGACGAUGCUGAGUCAGUAUCUAAUGCUGUCAAGCUUCUGCACGAGCAGAAUGUGGAAGUGCCGGUUCGGCGCCAAGGCGGUUCGGCCGACGCCCCCCCCGAAGACGAAAAUUUCGAGGGCAUUGAGAAGGUUGCGCUUCAGGUUGCUGUAGACCCUACCACGCUCAAGUACGCCGAGUCUUUCGAAGAGAGCAGAGCGGACAAUCCCGCCGCCUUUGGGAAGGUGGAGGACGCUCAGGCAGCUCUGAGGCAAGUUCUGCGCGAGCUGUUCUACCCUCCAAUCAGCAACGGUACCGACGUCGAUGGUGACAGUGCCAUGAAGAAUGACGCCGAUGAGAAUGUUGAAGUGGUCAAUAUCCCCAUAGCGCAGGAAGAUGAAUUGGCUGAUAUUCCUGCGGAGAUGCGGGAGGUCGUGGCGGGAGAAAUCGCUGCAUUCCGUGAGAGGAGUAAUCAACGAGAUCUGGAGAGACUGCGAAAGGAGGAGGAGAUGGAGGAGAUGGAGAGGCAGCGAAACGGUUCAUCUCGACCGGCGGGCGGAGCAAAUAUUAUUCCCCUCGGCCCCAAGGGAACCGUGCCAAAUGCUCCAUCUGGACCUAGGGGCCAAAACGGACAUCAUCGUGUAUCGUUUCUUAACGGUGAAUUCGGCAUAAACGAUGAAGAAGACUCGCAGGCCAGCGAUGAGGAGCUCAACCGAAGACAGAAGAAAGCACAGCAAAGCGAGGACGACAAGGCGUACAUUGACGCCGAACGCAAGUGGGCAAAUCGCGAACGUUCAAGGCAAUCGGCACUGGACCGGGAACAAGACCGUGAGAAGCAAGAAGCUGAGACUGAGCGGUUCAAGAAGGACGAACAUCUUGAGAGAGACAAGUCGUGGGAUGAUGAUCGAGAGGCCAGCCGCAAAUCACAUCUCUACUACCGCGACCAUGGAACGUGGGCUCGGAAACGCGGUAUGGACCGGGCAGAUGAGGAGAGCAAAGACGAUGCGGACCGGCGAGCCGAAAACGACGAGCGGCGCCGGGAGCAGGCACAAGCGGAGAAGGCCAGAGGCAUGGCCGACUCGUUCCUGGACCAGCAAGCUGAAGAGAUGGACCGGCGCGAGGCGGCGGCGGCUGCUGCUCCUCAGCCAUUCAAGCUUUCUCUGGGCGCCGCUGUUCAAAAGGCACAAGCUUCCAGAGUGCCCCAGCGCCGUACAAUUGCCGAGGUUGAGGGCCUGCUGGACGACGAGGACACGGAGCAGUCCACCAAGCGCCAACUCGUACCUAUCCAGAUGGAACCGAUAUCCGGUGCUGCUGCCAUGACGGAAGAAGAGAUCUCGCAGGCAGUCAGAGCUCUUGCCCAGGAGAUCCCAUCCGAGCGGGACGGGCUGUGGAGCUGGGAAGUCAAGUGGGACUACAUGGACGACUCUGUCAUCCGAGAGAAGCUGCGGCCGUUUGUCGAGAAGAAGGUGGUGGACUACCUGGGCGUACAGGAGGAGAUGCUGGUAGAGGCGGUGGAGGAGCAUUUACGAAAGCACGGCACUGCCGGUGCGCUGGUGGAGGAGCUCGAAGGGGCGUUGGAUGAGGAUGCCGAGGAUCUGGUCAAGAAGUUGUGGCGCAUGGUGAUUUUCUUUACUGAGAGUGAGAAGCGAGGGUUGCCAGCGUAG